AUGGAAUCAAUUGUUGUCCAGGCGUGGGUGGAACAGACACCGACACGUGCUCGCGUUGAUUUGAUAAGAGCUGAAGAGGAUAUUGAGGAUGUGUCUAAUGACCCCCAAGAUCCAUUUACUACUGCACCCUCAGACUAUUCAUAUCCUGCUGUACUGGGAAGCAGCGCUGGAUUUUCGGUUCCUUUCGGGUUCCCACCACCAGCAACUAUAACUUCACGCUCAAGAAGUGCUUCGCCGACCAAGAAGUUCAGGAAAACAGCUGAUCUUUUGAAUCUUAUGCCACCAGUUCGAUUCAAUACAGUGAGCGACUUCGAGCCAUAUGUCCCGGACGAUGCCCGUAAACUUGUCAGAUCGCUCUCCGCAGUGGAGGCUAAAGAGGGCAUCCUGCCAGCAUCACUUCAAAAUCAUAAAUUACUACAAAGUUCCAAAAUUCGACCUUAUUCGUGGCAGCCAUUAAAGUCCUCGGACGAGGAAGAUGAUGUUAUUAGCCUGCAAAGGGGCCUCGCUCACCUCCAGAGCGUCGUGGAUGAUUCUAUUACUUCUCGCAAUCUCUUCCGGUCUGAAGCUGCUUGGAACUGUCUGGUCCACACACCUCUUCUCAAACACACCAUCUCUGAGUAUGAUUUUCUCAAGGUCGAGCCCAUUACUUCAGCUGGUAUUGCCCCAUCCUUUCGGCCCCUACAGCGGAACGGCCGCUACAUAUUUUCCCAAACAGGCGCAUCAAGUGUGAGUACUGUAUCUGAGCAAGAUGAUGUAUCAUCUUACAGUCGGACAAGCGCCGCUGCUUUAUCAGUCAAUAAGAUGGUUGACUUUGCGCUGGUACUAGAGCCGAAAGAUGAGCUGAAAACGGCCAUAGACGAAUUUUUGGACGCACAGCCAGUAGGGGACAACACUAUCACCCAGACUUUAUAUGAGCCUCUUCGCACAAGGCCUGCUUGCAUCUUUAUCGAAACCAAGAUUGCAUCUGGCAAUAUUGAUGCUGCCAAUUGUCAGCUCGGUGUUUGGGUAGCCGCCUGGCAUGAACGUAUGCGAAGCAUUAUCAAAAUGGGUGACAGUCAUGAAAGAGUCUUGACCAUACCUGUCAUCCAGGUUGUUAGCAGCAUCUGGACGAUUCUUUUCGUUGUAGAUACCGGGUCGGAUAUUGUGAAACGGAUAGCAUUGUUGGAGUUUAUCAGUUACAGGCCGCCAUCGAUGCUCUUGCUUCCUGGUCUCAAGGAACAUAUGAACCCUGGCUAA